AUGAUAAGUUUACUACCGAUCAUUUUUUCCACCCCAGUAAUGAUACAAUUUUUUCUUGGAAAUUUUGCCAAUGGCUUUAUAGCACUGGUGAACUUCAUUGAUUGGGUCAAGAAACGAAAGAUCUCCUCUGCUGAUCGAAUUCUCACUGCUCUGGCGGUCUCCAGAAUUGGUUUGCUCUGCGUAAUAUUAAUGCACUGGUAUAUAAGUGUGUUUGACCCAGAUUUCUCUAAUACAAAAGUAAGAAUUAUUAUUCAUAGUGCCUGGAUAUUGGCAAACCAUUUUAGCAUCUGGCUUGCUACUAGCCUCAGCAUAUUUUAUUUGCUCAAGAUUGCCAAUUUUUCUAACUGUAUUUUUCUUAAUUUAAAAAGGAAUGUUACGAAUGUAAUUCUGGUCAUAUUGUUGGGGACUUUGGUCUUUCUGCUUUGUCAUCUUGUGGUGGGACUCAUGAAUGUGAGUAUGCAGCAAAGACAACAUGAAAGAAAUGGGACUUGGGAGACUAAACUGAGGAACACUGUAUACCUUUCAGCUAUGGCUGUUGCCACACUAGAAAAUUUCCUACCCUUUACUGUGUCUCUGAUAUCUUUUCUGUUGUUGAUCUAUUCCCUGUGUAAACAUCUCAAGAAGAUGCAGCUCCAUGGCAAAGGAUCUCAAGAUACCAGCACCAAAGUUCACGUAAAAGCUUUGCAAACUGUGAUCUCCUUCCUCUUGCUAAUUGUCAUUUACUUUUUGUCUCUAGUCAUAUCAUUUUGGAAUUCUGACAGACAGUCACACAAAACAGUCCUUGUGCUUUGCCAGGCCAUUGGAAUCAUCUAUCCUUCUAGCCACUCAUUUUUCCUGAUUUGGGGAAACAGGAAACUGAAACAAUCCUUUCUUUCAGUUUUGUGGCAGUUGAAGUGCUGGCUGAAAGGUCAGAAACUUUCAAUGGCUUAG